AUGUGUGACUUUUACGUUGUUAUCGAUACUAGCACUACAUGCGACAACUCCAACACUUAUGUGACAAAAGACUCUACCGAGUUGAUUUCAUUGUUUUGGGCAGUAUUGGAUGUGACGACGUUAGAGGUGAAACAUGAGGAAACUGUGUUGGUGCGCCCUAUGAAUACACCCAUCACCCCAUUUUGUCAACAAAAGUAUAAGCUAACCUGGGAGCAUGUUCGUAAUGCGGGAUCAUUUAAAGAUGCUAUAGGGAAACUAGACCAAUACAUGCAAGAGAAUAUCAUCUCUAAGGGGAAGGAAUUUCUGUUUGUUGCGUAUGAUAUGACGAAAUUGAGAGCUCAACUUCCGCGAGAGGCCCGGGAUAAGGGUUUUGUGUUACCACCAUACUUGCAACACCCACGUUUGUUUGAUUUGCCAACCGAAUAUUCCAAAUGGCAAGCCAGUCAUCCUGAAACUUUAUCAUACACAGCUUCAUCUCUAUCAAACAUGGUUACUGCGUUGGAGGUGGGUACUACAGAGGCACCUGAAGUGUAUACCAAAUUGACUAUCCAAUUAAUGAAAAAGUCUCUCCCGUUGGAAGAUCACCCUACAGUUUUCACCAAACCGUAUGAUUAUGGUAAAGAUGUCAAAGCGUUUGUUUCUGAACAAUCAAAGGUGCUAUAUUUAUCCAAUUUACCAAGUGAUACUACACAAUCAGAGUUGGAGUAUUGGUUCACGCAAUAUGGCGGUCGUCCUGUGGCAUAUUGGACGUUGAAAAAUGAGGCAACAAAUAAAGGUGUUGCAGGAUUUGUCGUGUUUGGUACUCACGAGGAGGCCACUGAGCUGCUAGCUAUGAAUGGGAAGGCUUUAAGUGAUUGCGUAAUCGAAGUCCAGCCAUCAUCGACACAGGUGCUUGACAAGGCGUCUGACUUGUUGACACCUUUCCCUCCUUCAAAAAAUAGGCCGAGACCUGGUGACUGGACGUGCCCUUCGUGUGGGUUUUCCAAUUUUCAAAGAAGAACUCAUUGUUUCAGGUGUUCUUUUCCAGCUUCCAGUGCUGUGGCAAUACAAGAAUCUAUAUAUAAAAAGACGGAUCUGGUGGAACCCGAGACCAGUAAAGGAAAUGACCAAGGCAAUGGCAGUGCCAAUAAUGGCACUCCUUCCAAUAGACAUUUCAACAAUGUUCCCUUCAGAGCCGGCGAUUGGAAAUGCGAGAUGUGCCAGUAUCAUAAUUUUGCCAAAAACUUGUCUUGUUUAAAGUGCGGAUCGUCAAAGCCAAUCUACACAAAUGGACCCAUCCACAAUGUAAAUACUACCGCUGCUGCCAUUGCUGCUGCCACCGCCAGUGGUCAGCCGUUGAAUUUAAACAACAACUUUGUAAACUUCCAUUGA